AUGCCACCAGAAAUUAGGGACUGGGUGUUUUGUCACUUCAAAUUUUAUUUGAGGUAUCGAUUUCACAUCUGCAGAAAAUUGAUACAGUUUUUUGACACCCUGCAACAGAUUGUGCUGGUAUGUUCAUGCAGAGACACAGGAGCCGGAAGUUUUGAACACCAAUGGGCAUUUUCGUUAGACCAAUCUGCACUGACACAUUUGGCUGAGCUGCCUUACGACCUCGACACUUUCGCUUUGGAUUGUCCACCUCUGUGUACAAGUUGUACAUACCAGAGUGUUCAAGAAACCCAUAUACGAGAUAAGGAAUAUGCAGAAAGCAAUAUUGAAGGUUACUCGAACACAACAAAGCUUGCCAUAAAGGACUCAAGAACUCAAAGUGGCAGGGGAUCGGGUGGCAUAGCCAUCUACUACAAAACAAAAUACCAUAAACAGAAACAAGACCACGCUGGUCUGCACGUGAAUCUUGCAGAAGGCAACGACGUCAUCAGCUUGCUGCAAUGUUCUACGUUCUGUCAACGGAACGGUGGUUGUGAUGGGUUCGUCUUCUGUAAGUCAUCACCGUCCAAAUGUUUCCAGUUCAUCCAUUCCAGUGCUGCUGCUGCUACCAACCUCUCUGACGUUUCUUCGUGUUCAUUCUACGUUUCAAAUCAGAAAACGGCGCCACCUCCAAGUACGACACAUACAAAUCCAACAACAACAAAAACAACAACCACUACAACAGUGACGACUACGACAACACCGACUACGACAACACCGACAACCACAAGCACGUCGACUACAACAGCCACUACACCGAUAACCACGACGCCUAGGCCUACAACUACGACAACACAGACAACCACAAGCACAUCGACUACAACAGCCACUACACCGAGAACCACGACGCCUGGGUCUACAGCUACGGUUGCAUGCAUCAACCUCACAGGCGGAGGAUGUAUGUGCCCCAAUGGAGCGACUAACGCCGACUGUACUCAAUAUAUGACAGACUGCAAGGAUUACAUAGACUAUGAUGGUACGACGGAAGGACUUCUGCACAUCAAGCCAUCGGCUUGGACUGGACCACCAUUUCUAGUGCGCUGCUACAAAGGUGAAACCCUGAUUCAAAUGAGAGACGACGUCCCGUCUUGUCACAGCUUGUCCUUCAACCGAUCCUGGUCAGAAUACAGAGAUGGGUUCGGUGACAUCCAGAAUGGCUGUUUCUGGGUGGGCAAUGACAAGAUAUCGGCGCUGACCAGAUCAAGACCCUAUUCCAUGGGUUUGUACACUAUAAUCAAUAGCCAAAUGAAAUGGAUAAUCAUCUAUGACGAUUUCGUAAUGAAAACCGCUGCUAACAAGUAUCGUCUUAACUAUACAAACACUUGGGGUAACGGAUUCUAUAACUGUGAUAGUUUUGGUGGUUCAUCUUCCAUCACGGAUGUCAAAGGUCACCAGUUCUACACGUAUGAUCAAGACAUCAAUGGAUGUGCUGCUGCGGACGGGGGAGGAUGGUGGUAUAAUACUGGAUGUUCUUACGGAAACCUUAACGGAAUCUGGCCAAAAUGGCCGCUAAAAGGAACAGUGCAUGUUUUAAAAGUAUCGUUGGUUUACAUACAACGAACAACUUAAACUAUUGAAAAAACUAAUCAUCAGACUUAAUCAGUGUUCAUAUCAGCUGAAUUUAAUAACUGUACCGCUUUAAUAUUUGUGAUAGACCUUUGCAACAACAUUUAUUUGACAUUACAAAUAAAACUAAAUUCACAUAUUUGGAACCAAAGCAGUUGGAAUAAAUAUUCAUACA